AUGAGUAAUACUCUUGUCAAAUCCAUAUUAUCAUUAUCAACAUCUUUGUCUCUAACCCAACUAAUCCCAUACCUAAUAUGCUUUACCCUUUUUCUCCUCCUCCUUGAACAGAUCUCAUACCUCAACAAAAAACGUUUCAUCCCAGGCCCAUCUUUGGUUCUUCCUUUCAUAGGCAACGCCAUCCCAUUGGUACGUCAUCCAACAAAAUUUUGGGACCUUCAAUCCACCCUAGCUAAAUCAACCCCUUUGGGCUUUUCAGCAAAUUACCUUGUUGGUAACUUCAUAGUCUUCAUUAGAGACACAGAACUCUCCCAUAAGGUUUUCUCCAAUGUUAAGCCCAACGCCUUCCAUCUUGUGGGCCACCCAUUUGGGAAGAAGCUCUUUGGUGAGCAUAAUCUUAUUUAUAUGACGGGCCAAGAACACAAGAAUCUCCGCCGUCGAAUUGCUCCUAAUUUCACUCCUAAGGCGCUCUCCACCUACACCUCGCUGCAGCAGAUUAUUAUCCUCAAACAUCUCAAGUCGUGGGUUGAGAAAGCCCGGGAAAGCUCUAUUCCUAUCCGUGUGCUGGCCCGUGAUAUGAAUUUAGAAACCUCUCAGACGGUUUUCGUGGGCCCGUAUUUGGGCCUGAAAGCCCGUGAGAGAUUCGAGCGGGAUUACUUUCUGUUCAACGUCGGUCUCAUGAAGCUUCCCUUUGACUUUCCCGGAUCCGCGUUUCGUAACGCGAGACUCGCCGUUGACCGUCUCGCCGAAACCCUAGGGACUUGCACGGCGAUGAGUAAGGCGAAGAUGGAGAAAGGUGGAGAGCCUUCGAGCCUCAUCGAUUUCUGGAUGCAGGAUACAAUCAGGGAGAUGGAAGAGUCGAAGCUCAACGGAGUGACAGUGCCGCCGUUCUCCACCAACUCUGAGAUCGGUGGUUAUCUCUUUGACUUUCUCUUCGCGGCACAGGACGCCUCCACCUCGUCGUUACUAUGGGCGGUGACGCUACUUGAUUCACAUCCGGAGGUUCUUGAUAAAGUCAGGGAAGAAGUAGCCGGAAUCUGGUCGCCGGAGUCGGAUACACUUAUAACCGCGGAGCAGCUCAGGGAGAUGAAAUACACGCUAGCGGUGGCGCGUGAGGUAGUUAGAUUCCGACCGCCCGCGACACUUGUGCCACAUAUAGCAGCGGAGAAGUUUCCGUUAACGGAAUCGUACUCGAUUCCGAAAGGAGCGAUCGUAUUUCCGUCUGCGUUGGAGUCAUCGUUUCAGGGUUUUACUGAACCGGACCGGUUCGAUCCAGACCGGUUUUCCGAUGAGAGACAAGAAGAUCAAAUAUUUAAAAGAAACUUUCUGGCGUUUGGAGCUGGGCCCCACCAAUGUGUGGGUCAGAGAUACGCUUUGAAUCACCUUGUUCUAUUCAUUGCUAUGUUCACUUCGUUGAUCGAUUUCAAGAGAGAUAGAACGGACGGCUGUGAUGAGAUCGUGUAUGUUCCGACGAUUUGUCCGAAAGACGAUUGCAGGGUUUUUCUGUCUAAGCGGUGCACAGAGUAUCCUUCCUUCUCCAAGGUUCCGGAGCUUGGCAAUUGA